AUGCAGCGGAACCGUGGUCCUGUAAGAUCUUUGCAAGCUUUUACUGCAAAAAUCAUCGGUGGUGACAAAUUGGUACAAAGGCUGGAUCGCGCCCCACUGAGAAGCUCAGCGCCCGUGCGUCUCUCUCCCACGGAUAUAUGGUUAAGGGAGGCUCUGGUAACAGGUCGAAGGUUACGGUCAUCCGGGCAGUAUCAGAAAAAGAACCUCUCGAGCAAGUACCAAGCUGAACUGUCGCUGAAUGUGGUGCUAAAUAGGCUUCGAAAUCUUCGCCUGACAAAAGGUAAUGAAGCCUACUUCACCUUGCUAAAUCGAUUGCAGUCCAACCAAAUUCGAUGGAUCUCCAAAAGUGGUAGCUACAUUGCUGAACAAACCCCUGUCGAGCUCUAUCGUGAGCUUUCUUACAUGCUGCGAGCCAGAGCAUCUGACUCAAACCAUCGUGCAGACAUUAUAUGUCUGGCAAAAUUUACAUUGGCGCUUGUUCAGAAGUAUGCUAUAAUACUCAAAACAAGAGCUUCUCUUACCCCUGAUUUGGUUUUUUGGCAAAAUUGUGUCAAUGUGGUGGCUCGUACUGGCUCGGUCCAUUAUUUGCAACGUAUACUAGCGCUGGCAGAUAGCGAUUUACCGAAUUCUUUCGCAUAUAUUGCCUUCUAUCUACAGACCAAUCAGAUACCACAUCUUUCCUCGGUUCUGAGAGCAAUAAGGCCCGCAGAACUGCACUCUCUACCCCAAGGUCUCGUUCUUUCGAGCAUCGAUAAAUUUCUUUGCCUGGGCCUGGAUGACGACGCCGAGUACGCGUUGAAUAUUUUGAUCAAGCAAGACCCAUUGAAUGAUUCCACAGUUUUCUGUCUCAACCACUUAGCUGAGAGAUGCGGGGCUUUGAAAAUUCAAUUGCAAUUGAACAAAAUGUUAGAAAUUCAAGAGACUGAUGUACCUGUGCCGUGGAAAACCUUUCAGAGAGAUCUCACUUUUAAGAAUUACAUUGAACUACUGGCAGAAGCACGAGUUCAGUUUUUCGAAGAACGGCUUCCCAUGGAUUUUCUAUCCACAAAGCUGCCUUCAGAUCCUAUUUCGGUAACACAAUGGUGCAACCUUUUUCAGCAUACAAUGCCAGCAGAAAACGCUCACCCGUCCCUCAAGGCGUUCCACUUCAAUACUAUUUUAACUCAUGUCGCUUCGCAUAGGUCAUUUAACUUCGUGGUUUUAUUGUGGCAUCGGUUGAUUAUGGAGUAUGGGUGCACCAAGGCAUUCACGAAUUCGAAUAAAUUGGCGAACCACAAUGGGAAAAAUGGCAUUCAUAUCCUUCUGCGCGCUGCUGGAAAAUCGUCUGCGGCUAAACUUGCUGGCUAUGAGCUCUUUUGUUAUAUGAAAAGUUCAAAUUACUACAAUCUCACGGAACAGGACUACGCCAACUUGAUGCUUUCUACUCUACACGGCGGUGACUUGAAAACGGUAUACAUCUACCUGCGCCACUAUAUUUUGGAGUUUGGAAAAGAGCGCCUGACGACUAGCAAAGACGGGGAUCGAACCUGGAAUUUGGGAUCACCCGUUGAAACCGUGAUCAAGAAGCUGAGAUCUAUGGCCGGGGGGGCUGCUGAGAUAGACGAAGUUCUGCGACGAGUAGCUGAUUGGCAUGUGGGUCAUCAUUCCGCAGUUGAUGUUGAAAUUUCAGAUAAAAUCCUUAAAAAGAUUUUUGGAGAUCUUUUCAUGGACCACUUAAGCCCCAAACGGAUUUUGUCAUCAGAAGGAAAAUGGCGAAAAGAAAAAGUGAACUCGGAAGCAUCGCCGCGCCACUACUCUUUAUUAGCUGAUUGGGAGAAUGUUGAGCGCGUGAGACUCACACUAGAUUACAUGCAAUCGCAAAACAUUUAG